GUGACCGGAGCCCGGCUCGAGACUACCAUCAUCGAGACGUGAGGUCCUGCUCAGGCUCACGACAAGGCAGCGUUGAUCGGCACCCGCGCGGUCCGACAUUUUCAGAUUUUGACGACCGUUCUCUGCGCGAAACGGAGUCAAUAAUCAUCGAUGCCGCUGCUGAGCCCGACGGCGACGGGAUGGCAGGUACCUCAGUAGAGCUCGGGCGCGAACUGACUGCGUCCAAGAAUGCCUCGCCUGUUUUGGAAAUUGAUAUGCAAGAAGAUGAAUUUUCAAUGUUUUUGGGAGAGGAUCCUAACAUAAAAAAUAAAAACAUUUUUGAACUACAUAAAGCCCUAUGUACACGAUGGGGUCAUAUAUUGUCUCAUGGCCUUGAUAAAGAUCAAAAGCAAAAAAUUUUGGAGCGUUAUCCCUUACCAAGCAAUUGCCCGGAGAUAAAUGCUCCAUUAGUAAAUCCGGAAGUAGUAGGAGUGCUUUCAAACCCCCACAUAAAAAGGGAUGAAGCCCAUUUAGGCAUACAAAAACAACUGAAUGUCGGUAUAAGCGCUCUUGGGAAAUCCAUGAAUAUUAUCCUAGAAGAUAAGGAAAAUAUUCCUAAAGAAAUUAAGGAACAAUUACUAAUUUCUUUGGGAGAUUCAGGCCGAAUCUUUUCGGAUUUGUCAUUUAAUAUUUCAACCAUGAGAAAAAACCUUAUAAUGCCGAGUUUAAACAAGACAGUAAAAGAUCUAGUAUCAAACACUACUCCGGUACAAUUUCUUUUUGGAAGUGAUAUAGGGGAAAGAAUUAAAGAGGCUAAAUCAAUUGAAAGAGCCAAAAAAGACCUGAAACCCGAACCAAUGACAACUCAGCCUUCUACUAGUACUAACUCUUCGUACAGGCGACCGCAUACUGAAGCUAAUGUUAGACCAAACUUCAAAGUUAACCCAAUUCCUUUAAACAGGAAAAGGCCGGUUCGCCGAGGGGAGGUGAAACCACAAAGGGGCCAUCACCCCAAAAAAAAAAAAGAGCAGUACCAGAGGAGGAGGCAUUAUUGAAUGACUGGAAUGCUGAAUGGAUGGCGGGGGACGGAUGGCGGAAGGGGGAAAAAAUAUUCUUUAAACUUUGUGCGCGAUAUAGCAACGUACGGCGUACUACCUGGUUAAGUGAUAUCUUCGGAUUGGACGCUUCAUAUAAUUACGAUCGAAUUUCACAGGUAAGUUCAUUUGAUCGUUCAAUUAUAACGUUAUAAUUAUAAUAUUAAAAAAAAACAAUACAUUAAUUGACAAAUGUUUACGUAAGUAUUGGGGGAGGGGGUAAGAGCUUUG